GCAAACGGCUGCAUCCUCACCAGCGCGCAGACACAAAGGCUUCUUGUGUGGACCUCAUUGUGAGGGGGGCUUUAGUGCUGCGGCGGGCAAAUACGCAUUAAGUGUGACUGUUUGUGUGGUUACAUUCAUUAAGACAUUCCUACACGGAUUGGGGCGACACGGCGCAGGGGGAAGCUUUACAUAAUAAAGUGCAUGCUUUUUCACGUGAAAUGUGCCUUUAAAAGCGGACGCUCUCCACUCACACUGAGGCACAGCGUAAACGAGCGGAUAGAGAAGGAGUGAAAAGUCUGCUCCAGCUGCGGCGGCACUUUUCUUUUUUGGUUUCAGGAUGGUUUCGUCUUACCCUUUACCGGAGGGCUUCUCCGAGUUUGACGUGUUCUCCUUGGGCUCUUGUCUCCUGGUGGAGGGCAUGCUGGGCAUCUGUCUCAACGCGCUGACAAUAGUCGCUUUCCUCAAAGUGCGGGAGCUGAGGACGCCCAGCAAUUUCCUCGUGUUCAGCUUAGCGCUGGCUGAUAUUGGCAUCUCCAUGAACGCCACCGUCGCCGCUUUCUCCAGCUUCCUGAGAUACUGGCCGUACGGUUCAGGUGGAUGCCAGACCCACGGUUUCCAGGGCUUCUUGACAGCUCUCGCCAGCAUCCACUUUGUUGCCGCCAUCGCCUGGGACAGAUACCACCAGUACUGCACCAGGACAAAAUUGCAGUGGAGCAGUUCUAUCACUCUGGCUAUAUUCAUCUGGCUCUUCGCUGCUUUCUGGUCUGCCAUGCCCCUCAUUGGAUGGGGAGAAUACGACUAUGAGCCACUGAGGACCUGCUGUACCCUGGACUACACCAAGGGAGACAGAAACUACGUGUCCUAUGUGAUCCCCAUGAGCAUCUUCAACAUGGUCAUCCAGGUGUUUGUUGUCAUGUCCUCCUACCAGUCCAUUGCAGAGAAAUUCAAGAAGACUGGAAACCCCAGGUUCAACCCCAACGCUCCUCUGAAGACUCUGCUGUUCUGCUGGGUCCCUUACGGCAUUGUGUCUUUCUACGCCAUCGUGGAGAAUGCCACUCUGGUCUCCCCUAAGCUCAGGAUGAUUGCCCCUAUCCUAGCUAAGACAGCGCCAACCUUGGAUGCCCUGCUGUACUCGUUGGGAAAUGAGAACUACAGAGGAGGCAUCUGGCAGUUACUCACUGGGGAAAAGAUUGAUGUGCCUCAAAUUGAGAACAAGUCCAAAUAAACUGAGCAUGCUAUAAUCACACACA